AUGGGGCCAUCGUUUGUGCUUCGACUACUCUACGCUUUGUUUAUAGUAAUCGUUGUCUACAACCCAAUAUGUUCUGGGUUCUCUUCGCCACUGAAGGCAGCGUCAAGAUGUAGAAUACGUCAACGAAACAACGAGGAUGAAGGGAGAAUACGUUGUGACAGCAUGCGUGAGGAAACGAUGGAGUCGUCGCCUCCUCGCACAUCGCAGUCUCAUGAACCGCAGUCUAGGAUAUCAACAUCUCAGAGUACAUAUGUGGCCACCGAACCAAAACGUGCCUAUUCUUGGCUUGAUCGACUGCACCAACUGCAAGACUACAAAGAAACCCAUGGCGACACAUGCGUGCCCAAAAGAUUCCCAAGCAACCCAAGCCUUGGAAACUGGGUAAUCAAACAGCGAGUCCAGUAUCGCAAAUUCUUAUCUAAUGAGACACCCUGUUCUAUGACAGAAGAAAAGGUGGCCAUCUUGAACCAGAUUGGCUUUUGUUGGGAUGGAACAGCAAAUGCGCUCAAAAGUCGCCUGCAAGACCAAGAGGACAAGUGGUGGAGUCGAUUGGAAGAGUUUCGAAAUCUACGUGCAUCGAAUCCAAAGAAGCUUCCUGCUUCCAUGGAUCGUUGGUUGACGCAGCAACGAUGGUUGAUGCAGCAACGAGCCGAAUGUGCUGCUGUGGAUGAAAUAAAGUUGGAAGCCCUCAAUGCGAUAGAUCCAAAUUGGUGGAUGUCGGCACGGGAACUCCAGUGGGAAGAAAGGUACCAAGAGUUGCUCGCGUACAAGAAAGAAUAUGGAGAUUGCUGUGUACCAAUCAACUAUGCCAAAAACAAAAAGCUUGGCACUUGGGUAAGCAACUGCCGCAAGCAAUACAAGCUGCGUAAAGAUGGAGAAAAAAGCAACAUGACUAAAGCACGCAUCGACAAGCUAGAUGGAAUCGGUUUCAUCUGGGAUCGAUGGGAACAUGAAUUUGAACAAAAGGUGAAACUAGGAGAUUCGUUUUGA